AUGAAUUCGGCGUCGCUAGGAGACAAGGCGCUCGCCAACUCUGACUUUCCCAGUGCAAUUCGAUACUUUACCCAGGCGCUAAUUGAGCUUCCUCGUGCCCCGCCCUACUACAUCAAACGAUCCACCGCUUUCGGUCGACUGAAGCCCGCGGACGGUGGCCCCAACUUUCCGGCCGCUUUACAUGAUGCCGAGGUCGCUGUGACGCUUGCGCGGGAGCGUGGAAAACGCGAGCUUAUCAUGGCUGCUCAGAUGAGACGAGGUGUCGCAUUAUACCAACUGGGACGGUACGGGGAUGCCGCGUUCGUGUUCGGGUCUAUUCAGGAAAAGACCGGUGCGGGGGAUGAGGGUGAGGACAAAUCGGAGAAAGUGAAGAAUGCUAUGGCUGGGUCGGCCAAGAAUGGAUACCAGCAGGAGCUGCCCAUCUGGACGCUGAAGGUGAAGAGCCAGCUUAACAAGCUGGCCGAGGGGGACGAGAAAGCUGCUGUGACGGUCGCCGAGUAUCCCACGGGUAUUAAAAGUCCUAGCGAGAAAGAACUCAAGCAGCAGCUGGAGGCUUUCAAGUCGGGAAAAACAGGAGACAACAGUAUUCUGGCACUGGAGAAGCACCAGAGCUCCAUCGAUGAGGGAGCUGCUUCUUCCGCAUUGGAGAGCAAGCCGGUACCUUCGAGUGUUCCAGCCGCUGCUUCGGUUGAAAAGGUUAGGCAUGAGUGGUAUCAGUCUAACGAGUCAGUGGUCGUGACCCUGUACGUGAAGGGCGUACCCAAGGACAAAGCGAGUGUUCAGCUCGCAAGCGACUCGGUUACCGUUGGGUUCCCUCUUCCCUCUGGCGCUGACUAUGACUUUACUCUCGAUCCAUUGUUUGCCACUAUCGACGCUGCCGCAUCUAAGGUCUCCGUAAUGUCCACCAAGAUCGAACUCUCGUUGCGCAAACAGACGCCGGGCCAGAAAUGGAGUGCUUUGGAAGCCACGUCUACGGACGUUAAGCUAGCCGAUCGGCAAGCCCCUGUGAGCUCUGCGCCAUCAAGUAGCGCCGCGCCGACCUAUCCUUCGUCAUCUCGCAAUGGACCGAAAGACUGGGACAAGCUGGCAUCCACACUAACGGAAAAGAAGACCAAGUCCGGGGACAAGGGCAAGAAGAAAACGGCGACGGGCGAUGGAGCAGCCGACUCCAAGAACGAUCAGGCAGGUAAUGAAUCGGACGGUGGUGACUCGGACUACGAAGGUGGCGAUCCGGUCGACUCUUUCUUCAAGAAGCUAUACGCGGGUGCCGAUCCGGAAACCCGCCGUGCCAUGAUCAAGAGUUACACUGAAAGCCAGGGAACUUCUCUGAGCACCAACUGGAAUGAAGUCAGCCAAGGCAAAGUCGAGGCUCGGCCUCCCAGUGAUUGA